CUGUCAAUUUCUGCCGCGUGGUCACGUGACCUCCUCCUCCGUGGAGUGGAUGGAGAUGGCUCUCCACGUCAGCCUACGUCUCCAAAUUUCUGCUUAGCGAACCUGCUUCAAAGGGGCAGGAGGCACGGCGCUUCAGAGCCAUGUUCAGGGCGACUAUAGAGGAACCGAUCACCAACAUAGAGUUGUAGCAAAGGGAGAACUACGAUGAUGGAUUUUGACGAGCGGGUCCCUGUCGGAUCGAACAUGUAUUUGCCCAGUUGCACUUAUUACGUGUCGGCAGGAGCCGAUUUCUCCGGUCUUCCCUCGUUUUUAUCCCAGACCCCAUCCACUCGCCCCAUGACAUACUCCUACUCCUCCAACCUGCCGCAGGUCCAACCCGUCAGAGAGGUGACGUUCAGGGACUAUGCAGCCAUUGACGCUUCUGGUAAAUGGCCGCAUCGGGGGAACUUGCCCCAGUGCUACCCCAGCGCGGAGGACAUGGUGCACCGAGACUGUCUUUCGGCGCAAACAGCCGUCGUGGGGGACGUGUUCGGUAAAAAUAGUCCCGCCGCCGCCGCCGCCGCGUACCACCACCACCAUCACCACCACCACCAUUCGAGCGCAGGCUCCGCUGCCUCCAAUUUCUACGGGAACGUGGGCAGAAAUGGCGUGCUGCCACAAGCCUUCGAUCAGUUUUACGAGACGGCGUACGGCAACGCGGCGGAGAGCUCCUCCGCGAACGGCUACCCGGAGGACAAGGCGGCGAGCAAGCAGCCCGUCUCGGCGCGCGAGGACGCGUCGUCGUGCCGGGAUACCGAAGUAAAGGAGCCCCGAGAUGAGACGAGCAGCCCGGAGUUGUCUUCCGGCAACAAUGAGGAGAAAUCCAGCGGCAGCAAUGGACAAAGGACCCGCAAGAAAAGAUGCCCCUAUUCCAAAUAUCAAAUCCGAGAACUUGAAAGAGAAUUCUUUUUCAGUGUGUACAUUAACAAAGAGAAGCGCCUGCAACUGUCGCGAAUGCUCAACCUCACCGACCGACAAGUGAAGAUUUGGUUUCAGAACCGACGCAUGAAGGAGAAGAAACUGAACAGGGAUAGGUUACAGUAUUAUACGUCCAACCCUCUGCUCUAGGGGUCACAGCAGCACCGCCACGGCUCCGGCGGCCCUCUGCUGCGGGGCCGAGCGCGUUUACAGACUCACUGACUCAACAGGAGCGAGCAGCUCUGCUCGGUGGUUAAUUUCAAGUUCGAGGACGGCAGGACCCUGUGAUCUGAAUGAUCAGAUCAGUAGGAGAGCGAGCAUGCAAUUGGGACAGCCCUUGGACUUCCAUUUUGCUCUUCAGACUCAUUUUUCUGGGAGAAAAUGUAGAAAAUGAUUUUGCCUUGCCGCCGAGAUUGCGUGCGUGCGGAGGCCCAUGUUAAUAUUAUUAGAUCUGAAAGACGCCUUGUUUAAUUUCACACCACUGGGGGGGGAUUAACAGUCACUAAUUGACUGACCCAGUGUAUUUUGUAAUCAGAUUUAUUUGACUUUUUUUCUGCUUUAAAAUCAGAAAACUCGUGGACUAGGAAUCAUGGCGAAUAUGUGACUUUAAAUAUCUGAAUUUAUAUUGGUGUGACCAAAUAAGUCCGAACGGAUGAGAAUGUAAUGUGUUUGUUUUGUGUGCCUAUUUAUUUUGUAGCCACUCGUUUACUAUCUCCUUUUAAUAAUACCACGGCAAACCAAGCCCAUUAUUAAAACAGCCUACUGGGAUUCACGCUGAGUCUUCGCUGACCUCAAAACGAGCUCGUGUCGUCUCUCUUACAGCCUGUACAACGAGGCCUGACUCUUGAUAUUUAGCCCAUCGUUCAAUACAAAUCUACGGUGACUUUGUCAUUUUUCAAGAUUGGUGCAGUUAUAACCAGGCCAAGCCAGAGAGAUAAGCUUUUCCAAAGGGUGGAGAGUAGUUGCACUGAAAGUACACGCCAAAAAAUAUUCAUCGUUCACACUGUAAAAUGCAGCCGACUUGUGUUGCGUGACACUGAUACGCAUUAUAAUUUUCGUCUUGAUUCCUGAUCCAUUACAGAAUAAAAUUGAAAACUACAUUUUCAAGUGUACUAUCAGGGCAGGACUGGCCAGGGUCAAACUCUUCUGUAUUAUAUUUCCUAAUAAAACCAGUAAGAAUUGAAAAAGGCUUCAGGGGCAAAAUCGUUUUCUGGUUGGUCAUUUUGGAUGUGGCGCACAUUCAAACGCACAUCAGGUGAAUAGGAAAACGCGGAUGGGUUUCAUUUUGCGCAUUCGUCAUCAACACACUUGUCACAUUUCGAGCAGAAUUGUACCAAUUUGCGUGCCUGAGCAUGUACAAAACCGUUUUAAAACUGAAGCGCAGCAGAUCAGAGGGCUCCUAUACAAAUUACAGCCCAGCCUACGGUGGCGCACACACUCUCUACCUCUUUCAAAACUUGUUUAUGUUUAACAUAAAUGUUAAUAAAGUAAAAUAUUAAAUAAAAAAUCUGA